AUGAUGUGCUGGCCGGCGGUGCUACUGCUUGCUGUUUUAGCUGAAAAUGCUGCUGUUGCUUUUGCUGAUGAAAUAAUUCAGCUGCCAGGGGCGGAGCAACUGCAGAUCAACUUCAGACACUACUCGGGCUACCUGAAAGUAUCUGGUACUCAUUUCUUACAUUACUGGUUUGUUGAAUCGCAACGCAGUCCGGAACAAGACCCGCUGAUAUUCUGGUUCAAUGGUGGACCUGGUUGCUCCUCGCUGGAUGGCCUUCUCAGUGAAAUGGGCCCUUACCUCAUUAACAGUGAUGGAAAAACGCUGCACGAUAAUUCGUUUGCAUGGAAUAAGGUAGCGUCCUUGGUUUACACGGAAUCGCCGGCAGGUGUUGGCUACUCGUACGCAACAGAUGGAAAUGUUACAACCAAUGAUCAGCAGACUGCCGAGGAGAAUUAUGCGGCAGUGAAAGGAUUCUUCGAACAAUUCCCAUCGUUCCGCAACAAUCCCGUUUAUAUAAUGGGCGAAAGCUACGGAGGCAUCUACGUACCAACACUAACUGUGCAAGUGAUUCGUGGCUUGAUCCAGUUUCCCAUAAAUCUUAAGGGGAUAGCGAUUGGUAACGGAUACGUAAGCGAGGUGCUGAACAUCGAUACCUCAAUACGUUUUGCAUACGGUCACGGGCUAAUUGAUGAGAAGACUUGGGAUACUCUGGAGAAGGAAUGCUGCAGUGGCUGUAUGGACACUUGCGACCUCACCAAAGUAACUCCAAAACAGUGUAUGCGUAUGGUCAGCUUGAAUCCCUACGAUUUGUACCGUGACUGCAAUCCGCAUUUGGUGCAAAACAACAGCAGGAUGCGUGCCAUGAAAAUUGGACUUUCGCCUCGCUUGCUUAUUGAUCGUUUUGAAAAUCACCUAAAGAAUAAAAACACGCCUUUCGAAACACUUCUGGCCUUUUUGAGACGAGUCACUCCACCACUUGGUGAUGUGCCAUGUUUGAACGAUACAGCAUUAACUCGAUAUAUGAACAGCGCCACGGUGCGCCAGGCUCUGCACAUUCCGCACGAUUUACGCCAGUGGGAUAUUUGCAGUGAUGAAGUCACAAGCAAAUUUGUCAAAAUGUACGGUGAUAUGGGGCCGUUUAUCAAAGAGAUAAUUGAAGCCAAUGUUCGAGUGUUGCUUUAUUAUGGUGAUACCGAUAUGGCGUGUAAUUUCAUGAUGGGCCAACAAUUUGCCUCUUCUCUCAAAGUUCCGGUAUCUUUUCUUUUAGUUUAAUA